AUGAGAUUACUAAGUGGUUUAUUAUUUAGGGGCCGUAUAUUAUAUACAGAUAGUUAUUAUACAAGUGUUCCUUUGGCUGAAGAACUGUUACAGAAAAAUACAUUUAUUUGUGGUACUGUAACAGUAAACAAAAAAUUUCUUUCCCCGCAGGCAAAACAGAAACAAAAACGUGGUGGAAUUAUUAGUUUCGAAAAUCGUAGUGGUGUAAAAUUUAAAAAAUGGACUGAUAAAAGACCAGUUUGUAUGUUAACUACCUCAAAGAAUCACCGGUGUAAAUUAGUGCAAGGAAGAAAUGGCAAAGUAAAGCCAGAUGAUGUGUUUGACUAUAAUAUUGCAAAAAAAGGCGUUGAUUUAUCAGAUCAAAUAUCAGGGUAUUAUAGUUGUUUACGAAAAACCAUUAAAUGGUACCGAAAAGUGUUAAUACAAUUAAUAUGCGGAACUUCCAUCGUGAAUGCUUGGGAAAAUAUUAUUAAUCAUCUUUUGUAUAAUGGAGAAAUGGCAAAUGAAAAUAAAAUACCGUCAUAUAAACAUGCUCUUCAAUCAUAUGAGGGAUCUGCAAGAGAGUCCCGUAAACGAUGCAAAGAAUGUUAUAAAAAAAUAUAUAAGAAAAAGGGCAGAGAUUAUGCCAUUAAAAAAACUACAAGAGUUAAGACGUUUUGCAGGCAAUGCAAAGGUCAACCAACACUUUGCUUAAAAUGUUUUAACAAAUUACACAACAAACGAUAA